AAAUGGCCUUAAAAUGGCAGAUGAGCCCAUGGAAGAAGGUGAACCAUAUUCCUACCACGAUGAAGGAAGUGUGAAAGAAAUCCCUAUUACACACCAUGUGAAAGAAGGAUGUGAGAAAGCAGAUCCAGCACAGUUUGAACUACUUAAGGUUCUUGGACAGGGAUCAUUUGGAAAGGUCUUCCUCGUACGGAAAAUAAUCGGUCCUGAUGCUGGGCAGCUUUAUGCAAUGAAAGUAUUGAAAAAAGCUUCUUUAAAAGUUCGCGAUAGAGUUCGUACAAAAAUGGAGAGAGAUAUAUUAGUAGAAGUAAAUCAUCCAUUUAUCGUCAAACUGCACUAUGCCUUUCAGACUGAAGGGAAGCUAUAUUUAAUAUUGGAUUUUCUCAGGGGAGGAGAUGUAUUCACGCGAUUAUCCAAAGAGUUCUUAUUAGGUUAUGUUUACAGAGGAAGAUGUGAAAUUCUACCUCGCAGAACUGGCCCUUGCUUUGGAUCACCUUCACAGCUUGGGAAUUGUAUACAGGGACCUGAAGCCAGAAAAGUAAACAUUUUGCUUGAUGAAGCAGGACAUAUCAAGUUAACAGACUUUGGACUCAGCAAAGAAUCAGUAGAUCAAGAGAAGAAGGCCUAUUCUUUCUGUGGUACUGUAGAAUACAUGGCACCUGAAGUAGUAAACAGGCGAGGGCACAACCAGAGUGCUGACUGGUGGUCCUUUGGUGUUCUCAUGUUUGAAAUGCUUACUGGUACACUACCAUUUCAAGGUAAAGAUCGAAAUGAAACUAUGAAUAUGAUACUGAAAGCAAAACUUGGAAUGCCUCAGUUCCUCAGCCCUGAAGCACAAAGUCUUCUGAGGAUGUUGUUUAAAAGGAACCCAUCAAAUAGAUUAGGAGCUGGUUCAGAUGGAGUUGAAGAAAUCAAGAGACAUCCUUUUUUUUCUACUGUUGACUGGAAUAAACUGUUCAGAAGAGAAAUUCAACCCCCAUUUAAACCUGCUUCUGGAAAGCCAGAAGAUACCUUUUGUUUUGAUCCAGAAUUCACAGCAAAAACACCAAAAGAUUCUCCAGGAGUCCCACCUAGUGCGAAUGCACAUCAACUCUUCAAAGGAUUUAGUUUUGUUGCGACUACUACUGUAGAAGAUCAUAAAAUAUCACCACUCACCAAUAUACUGCCAAUAGUACAGCAACUUCAUGGAAACAGCGCACAGUUUACUGAUGUAUAUGAAUUGAAGGAAGAUAUUGGUGUUGGUUCCUACUCUGUUUGCAAGCGAUGUAUACACAUAGCUACAAAUAUGGAGUUUGCUGUAAAGAUAAUUGAUAAAAGUAAGAGGGAUCCCUCAGAAGAAAUUGAGAUUCUCAUGCGUUAUGGACAACAUCCAAAUAUUAUUACUUUAAAGGAUGUAUAUGAUGAUGGCAGAUACAUAUACCUUGUCACUGAACUGAUGAAAGGAGGAGAGCUGCUUGAUCGAAUUCUCAGACAGAAGUUCUUCUCAGAACGAGAGGCUAGCGCUGUGUUAUACACUAUAACUAAGACUGUGGACUACCUGCACUGCCAAGGGGUAGUGCAUCGAGACCUUAAACCUAGUAAUAUUUUAUAUAUGGAUGAUUCAAAUAAUGCUGAUUCUAUCAGGAUUUGUGAUUUUGGAUUUGCAAAACAACUUCGAGGAGAAAAUGGACUUCUUCUGACUCCGUGCUACACCGCAAACUUUGUGGCACCAGAGGUUCUCAUGAGACAGGGAUAUGAUGCUGCUUGUGACAUAUGGAGCUUGGGUGUUCUCCUUUACACAAUGUUGGCAGGCUAUACUCCAUUUGCCAAUGGUCCUAACGAUACUCCAGAGGAGAUCCUGGUACGGAUAGGCAGUGGAAAAUUCUCUUUAAGUGGAGGCAACUGGGACACUGUUUCAGAUGCAGCAAAGGACUUGUUAUCACAUAUGCUUCAUGUAGAUCCACAUCAGCGGUAUACAGCAGAGCAAGUAUUAAAACAUUCGUGGAUAGCCUGUAGGGACCAGUUGCCGCAUUAUCAACUGAACAGGCAAGAUGCACCACAUCUAGUAAAGGGAGCCAUGGCUGCUACAUAUUCUGCACUGAAUCACAAGACAUUUCAGCCAGUGUUAGAGCCUGUUGCAGCCUCAAGUUUAGCUCAGCGACGGAGCAUGAAAAAGCUAACAUCAACAGACUUAUAGAUCCACUGGGACACCUUAGCAACAGAAGCAAGGGGAAAAUCCAAUAAGUGGCUCUAUUUUGCCUGACCUGUGAUCAAAAGGCAUCUAUGGUUUCCUGCUACACUACUUGAAUUCUGUAAAAGUCCUUUUUUUAAAAAGAAAAAAAAAAUCCACAGGUUCAUACUGUGUUUUACAGGCCGUAUCUGUUAAGUUAAUUUAAGCAUCAGGUAUACCAUAAUGAAUUUCUCUACACUGUCCUUUAAGAGAUCUGUUGCAAAUAUUCUUUCACAUUCUGUAUAGUUUUGCUGGGUUCAUUUAAAAAAUGGUUUAGGGGACCGUUGCCAAUGACCAAGUUGUACAUAAAGUGUCAGUGUAAGUUUUUCUUUUCUUCACACCUUUAGACCCUGUUGUGAAGGACAAAUUCUUAAUUUUGUAAUUGGGCACUUAAUUCAUUCAACUUAAUUCAUUUAACUUGUUCAUUACUGUUAUGAAAAGCUGACUAAUGUAUUGUGCCAGUGUUAAAUGCAUUAGUGUUAAUUUGGAAGGUCUGCGUUUGCAUGGUGCCGGUAACUGAUAAGUUUAUGUGAAAAUACAAACGAACAAAAGGGAUGUGUAAGAUUCUGCACUUUACCCAUAAACUUAAUUUGAUCACUUGUGACCCAUAAGAAAUGAUGGGUAACAAAUGGCCUCUUACAGGAAAACGAACGUUUCUGGUUGUUACCACAAAUGGUAUUGUGUCGUGCACUGAGCUGGAGAAGGUAAUUAUGUGUAUAAACUGUCCAAAUUAAGGAUCUCUAACAUUGGUACCACUUUUAAGACAACAUCAUGCAAUCUAAUACUUUUUGUUAUUUAUAUUGUCUAUCCAUCAGUACAAUGCCUAUGUUACUGUUUCCUCAGCAGUCGUUUCCACUGAAUAUAGCCAAUAUUAAGUUUGUUUGGCAUACAAGACAAACUGACACUUUAUUAUAACAAACUUGGCAUGUGGAUUUUAUUUUUUAUUUAUUUGAUUUUUAUAGAUUGUUGCUUCUAUCUGAAUCUCUCGCGGCAUGUACAAAUAUUACGGAACAUAAAUGCAAAAUUCUAUUUGCCUAAUUGUAGAGGUAGCUUGGGAAAAUAAAUAAGCCUUGCAGUGUGCCCAGAUAAGGGAAUUCUGACCAAGAAAUUUCACAGUUACGGACAAGUUACUGACAAUAUCCUGUUGCCAGCACUCACUUGCCCUCUGUGCUUGCUGUUGGGACUUCAGCUGUUUCUAAAUACUGUGAUGGAGAGGAAAUUAAUUUCUGGGCCAGAAUUAUCUUGGGGUUUUCUGACUCCAAACCCAUGCUAGCUGCUAGUAGACAGGGACCUAAUGCAUCAAGAGAUGAUGAGCUCCAAAGUAUUUUCAAAAUUUGUAGACACUACUGUGCAAUUGUACUGUCAUAGUAGGAUGAUACGCAUUUUAAAUAUUAGGUAUAUUAGUGACCAACAAUUAGACUGUGAACACUUAGAGAAUCCAAAUGACCAAAAAUCAAAUGUAGUUCAGACUGAUUUGCCAUUGUUGAAUUUCCUGUUCCCAGGUACAUUUGGUAGCCAAUUAAUAAGACACCAGUGAUGGCAGAACUUGGCAUUUCAAGACAGGAAAAAAAGCUUUCAGGAGAAUUCUGGCCCAACUGCCAAGAGUGGCAGUAGUAACUCGGAUCUUAAGAGGCAGAGGGUGCUGGCUGGUUUUUGCUUAUACCUGUGAAGUACUUGGUGGCAUUGGAAGUACUAUUAGAUAAGCUGCUUUCUUUUGUUGUGGUGGGGGAAGAUGGAAAUUAUCUGGCCAAAUAGUUAGGUAUGAAUAUAUGUAGAUUUGAGACUUAAUGAAUAUAGCAAACAUAGGUGUGCUAUUUGUAUCAUGCAGAACAUACCCCAUACUAAAUUUCUUGAGUGUUUGAUAGAUGUUGGAAGCUUUAGGGGCCAUUUGUGCCUAGUUUUGAGGUGCCUGUUUGAAAUGCUUGAAAGCUUAUCAAAGAACACAACUGCUUCUUAGAAAGCUUACUGUUUAGUACAAAAAUCUGCCCCUUAUGCAGCUGGUUCAUCCUUGUUUUCAUUACUGAAGACCUUUUUCAGCAAGAAUGCCUGUAAACCUUUUGUCUACAGUCUUAUUGGUAUAAUUUUUUUGUAAACUUAAAAAUGACUGCCAGAAGAAUUUGAAUUCACUCUAAGGAAAAAAAAAAAGGCAGUGGAAAUAAAGCCCCCUUAGCCAAGGUGAAGGUAUAAUGUGGGUUGAAACGUAGUAGUAAAAACCAUGUUAGGGAUAGAGGGUAUAAUGCAAGGCGUGGUACACAACUAAAAUGUCAAACUUGAAUUGUCUUCAGCUUUCCCGUAAGGUAGUAGCUGGUCUUUAAUGGUUUUAUUCAUGAAUCAUUUAACAGUGUUUAUACUGGUAUUUUCUUUUAGCUUACUUAGGAAGCACCACAUUAUAAGCACCUUAAAAGCAUUUUGCCAUUUUGCACAAAAGCAGUUGUAAGCAGCUGAAGGUGCUUCAGUUCUUGGUGUGCAACACAAAGGUGGUAAGAGGAAAAGUACACAAACAAGAUGGAUAGUCUGAUUCUUAGCAAAGAAUUUAAAACAUCUUCUAUGAAGUUAUCCCUGCUGGUUUUGUAUCACUACUAGCCUUUAGAGCAAGUGGUACUCCUGGGGUAAAAGCAAGGUCUCAGUGACUGCAACAUUACAAAGUUGUCUUAUCACAAGGAAAAUGUGGACAAACACCUUUGUUAUAUCUGACAGGCCAGUGUACGCUGGUAUGCCAAUUUUAAUCCUUAAUUUGGGGGGAAGAGUUCACUUGCUACGUGUAUGUCAGCAUAUCAGUCUUUGAAACAUUUUGGAUAUGCAGGGAUGCAAAAGAGUUCACUUGCAGUUUACUCUCACUAUAUAGUACUUAAUGAGCAUCCUCUUUGUGAUACUUUUGGAAUUUCUUGCGUACUUCUCGUCCUUUUUUUUUUUCAAACUUAGGUUUUGUUCAAUUAAGCAAUUAUAUAGAAGUAGCAUGGUUUGCUCAUGAGUAAUCAGUUAAAUGUUUGAAAUGGAAGAAAACUUAAUUUGAAUGUGCUCUUGGCUGGAGUGAAAGGUUAGUGUAAAUGGUUUCACAUUCAUAUCAUCUCUGCACAGUUCAAGAUUACAAACUAGUUAUGAUCCUACUUAUUUACUUUUUAUUAAAAAAAGAGUGAAAUUUUUACAAAGGCUUAUAAUUACAAAGGAAUAGGCAUACAUACUAUGUAUUUAGAGGAAUUUUCAGAGAACCAAUUAAUAUCUUAAAUGAUACAGUAUUUUGGAUAUGGCUUCUGUUACUGCCAGCAAAAUAGCUUCUACUCUAAUGUUUGGUAAUGGCAAUUAUAAAUAAGGGCUAGUUCUCAAGUGCACGUAGAGCCUGAUAUGUUCUCACUAA